AUGAAUAUUGAUAAAGGCAUUAGAAGCAGUGGAGCCACCACUAGCAAAACACCAGCAAAUAACAUAGACAAUAAAGAUGCACUUCUCAAUACAUCAGAUAAAACCCAAAGAGAAGAGAUCUUUAAAGAAAAGAAGGCAUAUCUACAAAAGAAUCUAGCAGACAUACAUAAACAAAAUAAAAUAUGCAGACUGCAAAAGCAGAUUAAAUACAAACAGAGAAUAGUAAAUGAUAAUUUUCUCUUAAAGUUCCUCUUACACACACAACCAAUAGAGGAGCCAGAUGACUUUAAUGAUGUGAAGUCUUCAAAGAUAUCUUAUUACCAUGGCAAAUCACUUGACAAGUGCAAACUAUAG